ACACGAGCCGAAACCCAAUCCCCGCCAUUACACACAUUUACACGCCGCUAAAUAAAGCCCAGCUCGUCCAAAGGAAACCCAGCACCGCGCCACCCGCGGCGUAACCUUUUCGCCCCCUUUUCCCCGCAGCCCGGCCGACUCAUGAGCGCGUGUGUGUAUCCGUCCAUGCACCUGCGGCUCCCGUCGUGCGAGACGCCGAGACGGGCCUAUGAGCUCCAGGGCAUUUAAGUAGCAACGACCCCCCUUCAUCCCCGCCCCCGCUAGCUCGGUAGCUCUCCCUCCUCUCACCGCUGAGCGACGACCCCCUCGUCCUCUCUGCGCUCCAGUCCAGCACGUUCCCUCUAGGCUCUAGCUGUUUCCUCUUGCUGGUUUUUCUUGCUUCCGAGGCGGCUCGGAUGCUGUCCCACGUCGAGAUGGCCCCCGCGGCCGGCGGGUUCAAGCUCUUCGGCAAGGUCAUCACGCAGUGCGCCGAGAGCGCCCCGCCGGUGGCGGCGGUGCCGCCGCAGGAAGCGGCGGCGUCGAGGAGCACGGCGUUCGCGCGGGAGAGGGACGACCCGGACGAGCGGGACCAGCCGAUGGUCAAGCGGGAGGCGGCGGCGGACCACGACGAGUUGGUCGAGAAGCAGCAGCAGGACUCCGGCGGCGGCGGGGCGGUCGAGAGCGGGGAGAGCAAAGGGCAGCAGCACCCGCGCCCGCGGCAGCAGCAGCACCAGGACACCGCGGAGGCGCGCGCGGCCGCGGCCGCUUCCUCGGCGCCGCCGCUGCCGUGCCCGCGCUGCCGGAGCCGGAACACCAAGUUCUGCUACUUCAACAACUACAACGUCAACCAGCCGCGCCACUUCUGCAAGGAUUGCCACCGCUACUGGACCGCGGGCGGCGCGCUCCGCAACGUCCCCGUCGGCGCCGGCCGCCGCAAGAACCGGCCCCUCGGCCCCGUCGUCGCCGCCGGCGCCGUGCCAACCCACCACCUGCACCACCAGCACCGCGCGGCGGCGGUGGCCGCAGCCGCAGCCGCCGCCGGCGCGGGUUUCGUCCUCGGCUUCCCCGGCCAGCAUCCUUCCUCCCCGACCUCGCCGUCGCCGAUCUACGCCGACCGGUGGCCGGUCUGCCCCGACCGCCGGUUCUGACGUGACGAUCCGCCACCCGAUCGCCCUCGCGGGCCCCCGGCUGGGUUCGGAUAGGGAGCUAGUAGUAGGCUGGUUUGACUUGCGUAAAUUUGCUGGUGAGGUGGGCUGGCUUCUUGUUGUACGUGCGCGAGGCUUGCACAAUCACCAAAGGGGUAUGGAUUGAUGGAUGGAGGUGGAGGACGACAUGGAAAUGGCUUUUGUUUCUUCUCUUCUUUUCCCUGUGUCUAGGUCGUCCGUUUCCUUCUCUUGUUGUUUCCCUGUGUCUAGCUUGGAUAGAGCUUACUACUAGCUUGCAGUCUGAACUUGCUGAUGUGUGUAGUGUAAUGUAACAGCAGCGGCAAGUUGCAAACUCCGUGGAAAAUCUGUC